GCUUCUGGUGCUUGUUAAUGUUCGCGAUCGCUAGUAUCUCGCGUUGGCAUAGUACGGAAUUGACUUCCUAGCGAUCAGGCUCGAAUCUCUGAACUCAAGAGUGAGAUUCAACCAGUUGCCUGACAAGAAGUGCAAGAGGCUAGGAGGUGUCAACCAUGCGGACCCCAUACAAGGUUGGGAUGAUCAUCGGGCUAGCCUGGUUGGGCAGUCUGAUAUACCUCACAACGUCUUUCUUCCCUUCUAUGGAGUCUGGGGAAGAAAGACGUAUCAAAUCUGCAGAGAUAGAGAAUCUUGCCAAGGAGCUAAUCAAUGUCAGGCAGCAGUAUGAAGAACUGAAGAAACAUACUCAAGAAUUAAAAGACCUGGUCGCUAGUUCAUCUAAUAAUGGUGCUAAUGAAGGAGGAGAUUACUGGAGAAGCAAAUUAAAAGAUGCAGAACAAAUUAUUUCAAGAAUGGAAAGAGAAAAUAAAGGAAAAAUUCAGGAUACGAGGCAACAGGAACAGGGAUCAGAUUCAAAUUCAAAUUCACAGUACUGUGGAUCUGAGCCUUCCCUUGCCUAUGAAAAGAUACGAAGGAAAAUUGAUAACGGGGUAACAGAGAUCUGGUACUAUAUAAGGUCACAACUCACUCAACUCAAGAAAUCCAGUGGAGAUCAGAAAACACAAGUCAAAAUUGAUCAGAUUCUAGAAGAUGGUGGAGAACAGCAAAGGUCUAUCAUGACAGAUAUCUAUAACUUAAGCAGAGUGGAUGGGUACUCAUCAUGGAGACAAAAGGAGGCGAAGGAGCUGACGAAUCUUGUUCAACAGAGAUUACGUUAUUUACAGAACCCUAAAGACUGCAGCAAGGCUAAGAAGCUUGUAUGCAACCUCAACAAAGGCUGCGGCUAUGGAUGCCAAGUUCACCAUGUAGCCUACUGUAUGAUAGUAGCUUAUGCCACCCAGAGGACACUCAUCCUGGACUCCAAGGGUUGGAGGUAUGCCAGGGAAGGAUGGGAGAAGUUCUUCCUGCCUCUCAGUGAGAACUGCCUUGAUCGAACCGGAGAUUCAACAGGAAGAUGGGGAGAUGCUAGCCGCAUUGAAAAUGUUCAAGUGGUAGAUCUCCCCAUUGUGGAUGGCCUUCACCCUCGCCCAGACUUUCUUCCCUUGGCCAUCCCUGAGGAUAUCUCUCAGAGGCUUUUAAGGCUACAUGGUCACCCGAUUGUUUGGUGGGUUGGACAGAUAAUGACAUACAUCCAGAGACCACAACCUGCCCUACAGGAGGAUAUUGACAAGAUGAAAGAAGCUCUUGGAUUUACUAAUCCAAUCGUCGGCUUACAUGUACGACGUACAGACAAAGUUGGGACCGAAGCGGCAUUUCAUGGAAUAGAGGAGUAUAUGUUUCAUGCAGAAGAAUAUUAUCAAAGACUUGAGAGGAAACAAGAAGUGCCUGUCAGAAAAAUUUACCUGGCGACAGAUGAUGCUAGUCUACUCAAAGAGGCAGAGAGAAAAUACCCAAAUUAUGUCUUUGUUAGCGAUAAUGCAAUAUCUAAAUCCGCUGGCCUUUCUUCAAGAUACUCGGAGGAUUCCUUACGAGGUGUCAUUGUUGAUAUUUAUUUCUUGUCACGUUCUGAUUUUCUUGUCUGCACCUUUUCAUCACAGGUAUGUAGAGUUGCAUAUGAGAUGAUGCAGUACAUACAUGAGGAUGCUGCUUCCUACUUCCGUUCGCUUGAUGAUAUAUAUUACUAUGGUGGGCAGAAUGCCCAUUUGCAAUCUGUACUGUACGAGCACAAGCCACGCAGCGGGACCGAUGAGAUAGAAAUGCUGCCCGGAGACACUAUAGGUGUGGCUGGCAACCACUGGGAUGGCUAUUCAAAAGGUACAAACCACAGGUUAGCGGGCAGACGAGGCGGCCUGUAUCCGUCGUAUAAAGUUGAAGAUAAAACAGACAUUGCCAAGAUGCCUACCUACCCAGAGGCGGAGAACUUCCACUUAUAACCCAAAGUCACUUGUCUGUCUGUCAGCAAGUCUGUGUUUGUUUUUUAUUCAUGUAAUUCAGAUAUAGUGGAUUUUAGGCUGUAGUAACCAUUUGAUUCUCGUCUAUUAGGAAGCAAGGACUAUCCGAGUCAUACCAGUUUGACAUUGGAUUCUGAAUAGUUCUCCAUUUGUAGAUAUCACGACUCUUCACGAGUGAGGCAAUAGAAGUGUGGUGGUUUGUUCAACCCUUGUUAAGGAAGGCUUAUGUAUACUUGCCAGAAAGCAUCUAGGGGACUGACAGCAAACUAAUCAUUUCUAUUUGGAACACAGUGAUGAAGAAUAAUACUAGACCACAGAGCAAUGGUGCUGCUGUAGCUUCAGAAUUUGAACUUCGUCCAAGGAAGACCACAGAGUCUUCUUUGAUAGGAUAUUUUAAACCAAGUAGCUGUGGAAGAUUGGACCAUCAAGACUACUGAAUUGGAAUCAACACAGAAAGGUGUGAUUAUCAUGACGAAUAGUAAUAAUAAUAUGUCUGACAUGAAGUAAACAAAAUGUGAUACUUGAUCAGGGGCGGAUCCAGCUUUCGCCAAUGGGAGGGGGGGGGGAAAAUAUUUUCAUCCACUUUUUCCCUGAUCAGCAAAUAAAGACAUUUUUUGGGGGGGAGGGGUAGUCCUACCACUUACAAGAACAUUUAACUCUGUUUAUGUACACAAGAUAUGUGUCAACUAACUAAAUCCUUAAUAAAUAAUGUUAGCACAAAAUGGGAGCUCAAAUUUUUGGAUAUUUCAUGUAUUUAAACCUGAAAAGUGAGCAUUCUGACCAUUGUUUUAUUAAUUGUAAACAGAAUGCAUAUUUAGAUAAACAAUGUGAGGACAAAGUGUAAGCUGCAAAUUUUUUACUCUCAGACAUGAAAGUUUUACAUUCCAAUCACUUUUUGUAACCAUGAACAAGAUGGGUAACUAAAUGCAAAAAUUGUGAUUUGAUCUACUUGCUGGAUUUUGUUUAUUAUCCCACCUGACUGAUCCCCCUGGAUCCAUCUAUGCUUGAUGAUUUAAUCUUAAAGUAAUAAAUAGUUCACACUAUUUCAAGGGAUGAAGUUGAAGCCAGUUUAGAGGCCAAAUUUUUCUGGCCUUGUCCUAGGUAUAAAUCAUGUGUGCAAAGUUGAUUCGAGAAAGCUACGUAUCAUGUCACUUGCCAUUUUAACAACAAUUUUAGCUGCAUUUCUGAAUUCUCUAAUAUUGUUGGGAAAUUUAUGGAAAUUGAUGUUAUUUUUCUAUCUACUAUCUUAAAAUGUGUAUCUUUUUAUGGGUGAGGUAGAGCAGAUGCAAUAUGUCCAACUCAAAUUGAAUAUUGUUACACUUAGUGGCCCAUUGGUUUGAUUAUGGUAAGCCAAAUGUGGUAUAAAUAUUUUGCAGUUGAUAUUCAACAUUUCAAACAGCUGAAAUUGGCAAAUUGUAAUUACUUUAAUGUUCUUCUAUACUGACACAUGGAAUAGGAAAAGAGAAAACAAAUGAAAUUUAAAGAGUAAAAAAAAGUUGUUACAUAUUUGGCCUUCCAUAAUUUUAGCCAAGAUUAGCAGACCCUUGCUUGGUAAAACUUGAUUUCAGAAUGUGAGUCUCUGUGAGAGAAAAGAAAGUCCAGCUGUGAUAACCAUGCCGUAUAGUGUUGUGUCUGUAAAUUGUGAAUUCUUCCCUACAGCAAUAUUCUUUGGGGUAUAAGAGAUUUAUUGAGGCUGUAUAUGAGCAUUUUAAGUCAUAAACAUAAGAUUGCUCUGUCAUCUAUACAUGAUCGACUUGAUCUCAGAAUGUCAUUUUACUUUGAGAGGAACACCUCUGAUUCACAUCUUGUUCAUACAAUUUGUCUAUUAAGAUGGAACGUCACUCAUUUCACACUUAAAAUCAUCUCGCUUGUAAAGGAAACCUCAUAUUCACAUUUUAUGCGAAAUUAAUUUCUCAGUGUAUAUCACAUUCACACAAUUUGUCUGUUAAGAUGGAAUGUCAUUUACUUAUUUUAAACUUAAAACAUCUCAGAAUGUCAUGUCACUUUUAAAGGAACACCUCAGAUUGCAUUUCGCUAAGAAAUUAUUUUAUUAGUUUAUUUCUCAUUCACACUCUUUUUUUAUUAUAUAUAUACUAUUUACUCAUUAUAAACUCAAAACAUCUCAGAAUAUCAUCUCUCAUUGACAGGAACACCUCAGAUUCACCUUAUACUUAGAAACGAAUUUCUCGGUGUGUAUCUAAUACAAUUUUUCAAUUGAUAAUACUCAAUGUCAUUAACUCAUUUUAAACUUAAAACAUCUCAGAAUGACAUCUCACGUUGGAAGGAACGCAUCAGAAUCUCAUCUCACUUUUAUCAAACAGAUUUAUAAUGACAUCUCAGCUUAAAAUGAAUGCAUCAUUUAUUCCUUUGUAAGGUAGUAGAUCUUUCACAGCUUGAUUGAAUUAUGAUAAACAUUUCAUCACUUUGAUGGAAUAUCAAGUGUCAUUACUUUGUCAGGUUUGUGGUUUUAGAAUGUAAAGUAUACAAAUAUUGGGAAGAAAUUUUCAGUAUUAUUUAUGUUGGGAAUCAUGUGUAAAUGUAAGAGAUAGUGCCUAAUUUUCUAUUGAUUAUAACUGUAAAAUAAGUUUGUAAAUGAAAUUUCAUUGUGAAAAUGAUAUGUGAAUACUAAAUUUUGUACUACAUUAUCAAAGUUUAUUGCAGAGAGUCUUAACAGAAUAUUAUAUAUAUAGGUGUUUUAUGUACUAUUUCAUGUGGUGAUCAUAAGUUUUGGGGUUGCAUCUUGUUGUGUAUUUGAUUAAUUAUCUGUAUUGUAAAUAAUAUGGGAUUGAUGGGGGCAUGCAAAGUGAAAUAAGCUUUCUUAUUUUACUUAGAAGAAAAAAUAAGAGAAUAAUCUAUUCAAAAUUGUGUACAUUCAAUUCCAGUGUAUCAUUGUGAUCAAAUUGAUUAAAUUUGAUCUGAUAUAAAUUGUGUAUAUCUUAGAGUACAUUCUAAACGGGAGUAUAUGUUGAGUAAGCACUAUAUACAAUCGAAACAUUAUUGCUAUGAUCAAUAUAUAUUAUAUGAUGUUUUGCUUGAAGCUUGUUUUUACCUCACAAUUUUGCUCUUAAACUAAGCAAAGUCUAAACUUAAAUUUGGUGCAUAUAUAUUCAUGUGCAUCAAACAUCAAGAAGUUCUCUUAUGGCUUUGACAAAAUAGUGUGUGUUAGGCCUACUGUAAUAUUUAACUACAUGUAAAUGAACUAAUAUGAAUCAUGUCAUUCUGAAAUAAUUUUCUAUCUUCCACUAAAUUUUCAUGCCCAUUGCCCUAUUAAAUUAUAAAACUAUGUAGUCAUAGAAAACCAGGCUUUCACAUAUAUUUUUUAAUGAAUAUCAGCCCAUGUAUUUUAAACUUAAAAGGAACAUCUUUAAAUGUCUACUUCGGUGAGUUAAGGAGGCAACUUGUUGAUAUGUGUCCUGUAAGAAAUUCAAAAUCCAUUAAAAGAAUUGUAUCUAGAUGAUGUGCUGCAUAAUCUCUUGAAAAUCAAAUUGAUUGGAUUCACAAGUUUGUGUUUGCUAUGGCAUGAUGACAGUGGAAUCUGCUAAAGGGGUCGUGUGGUUGUCAGAUGUGACACUCCUGACAUUCCACAAUGAAUGACCCAGGAAGCAGUUUGGCAUUUCAAGGAAUGAAUUCCCAGGUUUGGUAGAUGUAGUAAGUCAUUUCCAUUACUUCCAUGUUGGGAUAUGAACAUCAUUAUUCAUAGUUUGAAUACAUUUUCACUAUACCACAGCAUCUCUGCAGGCACAUCGUAUUGGAAAUGUUUACCAAUAGAUGCAUACCUGAGAGAUUAAGUUGGAAGCAUCAUAGAGUAGUGGAUCUAACUCUGACGCUCUGAAAUCAGAGGGCAUUGUGUUUUAAACACACCCAGCGUCCUUUGGCAAGGCAUCACUCCACACUUUGUCGCUCUCCACCCAGGUGUUAAAUGGGUACAAAUAGAAUGUGAAUGCCAAUGUAGUAUGCAUAAAAACUCAUACUGGAGAAAAUGCACCUAUUGUGUGCAGUCAAGCCAGAAUCUGAUGACCAGGGUAUUAUAUAUGAAAACCAUUUAAAGACAUUCAAAUCUACCAAGAAUAUUAUUGCCGUAUUGUAAAUUAAGAAUGCAGAAAAAUAAGUGUGAAAUCAUGUUUUUCAUGAUUUCAAUAAGUGAGUUCAACAGAUUUGGCUCAUAGUUAUGUGAUCUGUACAAAAUUUUAAUCAAUGGUAAAAAGUCUCUGAAUAAGCCAAUCAUGAUUUCUUUUAAAUUGUACAACAUGAAUACAUUUAUCAACUCUGUAUUAUCUAUUUUGUGUAAUGAAAUUAAUAUAUAAACAUAUUUGUAUAGCUACCAUCAGAAACAAAGCUCUAUUUUCUUCAAUUUAUUCCAUGAUUUAGCAUGGGUGAUACUGAAAUCCAAAAAUGAUCAUGGUGGAAGAAUUUAUUAUGAUCAUUGACUAUAAUUAAGUACAGAUGUAGACACAAAGAGAUAAUUUAAACUUCUUUUCAAGUUCAGCCAUUUUAACAAGGUUGUUCAAUUCCUAUGCAUAUUUCCUUGUCUGCUACAGUCCAAAAUGUCCAAAUGAUAUUUGUUUUGCUGGUUUGUAUUUAAGUACCAGUUCAAGACAUUGCAUAAAGUUAGAAAAUUUUUAUAGCUUUAAGUCAUUUUCCAAAAGAAAGUAAUUUUUUUCUCCUUACUUGAAAUGUUUGCACUUAUUAAUAUCAAACCCUAACAAGGCAUUUUUCUUUAUAAAGAACAUCCAAGAAUAUUCAUAUACUUGUUAAUCUAAGACUUAUGUUUGCCAUGUAUGUGUUUAUGCAUGUACAAUUUUGAUAAAGAAAAUUUGUGGAAUAUUUUCUUUUUGCGAAGAAUGCCGUUUUUGUAUUAUUUUAGGUCAGGAUUAGGUUUUGGGUGUAGUUAGUUACAAAAUGGAGAUGGGGUAAAAGUCAUUAAAAAUAUCUGUAUACUUGUUAUCAUGUUCUGAUUUGACAAGUAUGUUUAUAUAGUAUGAAUAGAGGGUAAUCAUGUACCUCUUUAAUUCUGCCAUAUUUUUUAUGUACUUUUUAAAUACUUGUAUCAAAUGAAAUCGGAAACUGAGGUGUGCUUUCAGCAUUCACAAAGUGUUUUGAUAUUGAAAUGUAAGUUAAAUUACAUCUUGUCAAAUUGAAUUACAGUUUCUGAUUCUCAAGUUCCCUUACACUGUUAUUUUGAUUGGGUGGUGCUACCUUAUACAAGUAAAUAAUGAAGUUGUGAAAAGAUAUUUCAAAUUUAGAAGUACUUUUCUGUUCAUGUCCUUGUUGUUUUUGACAAGAAUAAUUAUCCCAAACACGAUUUCAUGAACGUAAAGCAAUAAGAGCCGAUUUAAUUUCAAACGGCUUCCUUCUUUAUGUCCAGCUUGUGAUUACAGGUGCAUGUCAUUGAAAUAUAACUGCUCUGUUGCUAACAGAGCUUUGAAUCUUGACCGUGGUCAAAAUUCAUGCUUCAUUUCAAGCGGGUAUAAAUUUUAAAAACUUUCUGUUAUCAACUUUCCAAAAAGCCACUUGUGAUAUUUGAACCUUUGUCUUAUGCCAAGGCUUGAAGCUUAGCAAUAACAUUAGAUAAAACUCCAUUUUAACUUUCUUUUACACUGAAUGUUGAAUUUAGAUCAAUGCAUAAGUACGAUUGUGCAUUUCGUAUUUAGCAUGUGUGAUCAUAUAUGACUGCCCAAGUAGGGCACAUCUUGUGUAGAGUAAUCUGAAUGAUAUGUACCAUUCUUUUAAGAUCAAUAUUUUGCAUAUCCUUUCAUUUUCAGAGAAAUUAAAGGAAAAUUGUGUUCUGAAGUAGAAUACUGUAUAUGUAAUUUAUAUAUGCAAAGAUUUCUUUAAUGAAAAUGUAACAUUUUAUGUCCAAGUUUAUGUUCAACUUCUGUUGGUGCAGGCCUUAAAUUCAAAUAUUUUGGGGUCAUUGUUAGAGAUAACUCGUUAAAGGGGCACGCUUGACAGUAAGAUAUUUGUUAUUUUUCAACUUAUGUAUCACCUACAUCUCUAUUAAAUAAACAUAAAUUUUCUGGGACAGGCUUGCCCGUAAGGUUGUAGGGCAGGUAUUUGUUGAUAUUAACUAGUGUAUCCAUGUAUUUGUUGCACAUUUUAAUGUGCAAUACCUUUUAUUUGUUGAAUUAAAAAAGAUACAUUGUGCCAUAUCAUGUUUUUGUUAUACGUACAAUUACGUUAUUCUUUAAGGUACAUGUAUUACCACAUCUGUUCAAGAUUAAUUAUCAGUAUUUAUUAGUUAGAUAUUUUUAUGCAGUGCCGGUCAGUUUCAUGUAAUGAAAGUAUAUUUCUCUUUUCCCCCUUUGUUUGCUAUAUUUUCUUUGCUAUAUAUUUUUUCUCCUUUUAUAUUUAUCCAUAGUUAGUUUUUUUUUUAAAGAACCCUUCAGCUAUUGUCUGUUUGUUUGUUUUUACGUUUUUGUCAACUUUUUGGUAGCUUAUGAUACAAUUUAAUCACUUAAAUUUCAGUGAUUUAUUUCGGUUUUAAUAAUCUGAGUAAACCCUUUAUUGUGUUUAAUUUUCAGUAAUCUCAAUUAUGAAAGUACUUGAAAUUGAAGAAAGUUGGUAAAAAAAAUUCAGCUUGAUAAUAUGAUAAGCAAUGUAGUUCAUUUGGGAUGAUAACUUUGAUUCCUGUAGUUGGACAAUAUAUGUAUUUAUAUGAAUAUUUUAUUAUCAUGACAUAUAUGAUACCAGUGGUAUAGCAACGGGAUAAGGAAAUAUAUAGAGGGAGGGGUGACUUUGAAUCAUGGAUCCCCACCCCAACUCUUAAGAUUUAAAAAAAGAUUGUCAAAUUGAACUGCCUGGCUGUUCAUUUUUAAAUGGAAACUUUCAUUAUUCUUUGUUCUUGUUGUUUACCACUUUGAACGAAGUGGUAAACACUGUAUGUUUCAUGUUGAUUGAAGGUUUAUUGCAAGAAAUUAUGAUGCGGUAAACAUCACUAUAGAUAGCACACAAAGAUGUGUGUAUUCAUUUGGUGAUAAAAAAAGAAUAAAAUGAGAUGAAUCAAAA